CACACUAUCGUCAACUGCCUUCCAUCUUCUUGACUCAGCUUCCUCCGCCUUCCCAGCAGGAGGAAAUUUAGCUCCCUCCACUUGCUAUGGCUUUCUCUUCGCCACUAUUCUCUCCCGUUAACUUCGCCUUAAACCCUAACUCUCAAAUCCAUCCUAAAUGCACUAAACCCAACCGCCGGAACUUCUCCGUCUGCGCCAUUCCGCCACUCUCCACUGCUACCGACAUCUCGGCGGUCACCGGUCCGUUGGACGGAACGACUCUCGCCGUACUCGGCGGUGGUUCCGUGGCAGCACUUGCAGCUAUCCUCUCGCUUGCCGACCCCGAGCGCCGGCGGCAGCUGCAGGCGGAGGAGGUCGGCGGAGGUGACAAGGAGGUAGUCAGAGAGUAUUUCAACAACAAUGGGUUUCAGAGGUGGAAGAAGAUAUAUGGUGAUACAGAUGAUGUGAACAAAGUGCAGUUAGAUAUAAGACUGGGACACUCUAAAACUGUUGAGAAUGUGAUGAAAAUGUUGACUGAAGAGGGGUCUCUUCAGGGAGUUACUGUCUGCGACGCUGGUUGUGGGACCGGUUGUUUAUCCAUUCCGCUAGCGAAAGAAGGUGCUGUUGUAUCAGCUAGUGAUAUUUCAGCUUCCAUGGUCGCUGAAGCCCAAAAACAGGCGCAAGAGGAGUUGUUCAAGGCUAAGGAUGACCAGUCCCCGGCACCAGUAAUGCCAAAAUUUGAAGUGAAGGACUUGGAGAGUUUGGAUGGGAAGUAUGACACUGUGGUCUGCUUAGAUGUUAUGAUACAUUACCCACAAAGUAAGGCUGAUGGUAUGAUUGCUCAUCUUGCAUCAUUGGCUGAGAAUCGUUUGAUCCUGAGCUUCGCCCCAAAGACAUUCUAUUAUGAUUUGUUAAAAAGAAUCGGAGAGUUGUUCCCUGGACCUUCAAAGGCUACACGAGCAUAUCUACAUGCAGAGGCUGAUGUGGAGAGGGCACUGCAGAAAGCUGGGUGGAAGAUAAGGAAGAGAGGCUUGAUUGCCACACAAUUUUACUUUGCAAAGCUUAUUGAGGCUGUCCCUGCUUAGGAUUGAAAGAGGUCAAUUAGGGUGAGGUAACAUUGCACAAAAGGGGACAGUAUAAAGAUCUUUGGGGAUAGUCUAUUGGUGGAAAUUUGUCUAUUGCCUAUUAUUGUGGGAGAGAUUACUAGUUUCAAGAGAUUUACCAAGUUGAUUUGGUGAUUGACUUCCAAACAAAGGCCUUAAUUCUUUCUUUGGGGAUUGAAUUUUAAAGGCUUUCUUGUUCAAGCACUGGAUUUCCUAAGAGACAAUACCCAUUAAUUGGACAGAUUUCUUAAAGUAUAUCUUAUUGUAAAUGCCCUUGUUGGAUCAAUGUGUUAUGACUUGUGUCUCACAAAUAUUUCCUCAAAACUUACAGCCUUGUUUGAUUCUAUUAUUCAAGAAGUUGCCAUUUCAGAGAA